AUGGAGACACGAGCUAGACGAAAUAGAAGAAUGCGAUCGCCCGAGGAGGGAGCCCCUACUGGAGCUGGUCCUGGAACGGGGGACAGAGCGAGCGGCCAGCGGCUGGAAGAGGAAGUGGUGCAAGAGCGGCCUUCCAGUCAACGGGCACAGCCCGUACCACGAACGCAGAGCAGAAACGGCAGCAAUAGCAAUCACCAAGGCCAUGCUGCGCCUGCCAAUGUUGCUGUGGCUGAUCGACGUCAGUCACUCACGUUAGCAGGCGGCCGACGGCAGCGGAUCAUGUGGACGAGGGAGAUGAAUAUGUACGUGAUUCGCUGCUAUUUUGUCUGCACGAGGAUGGAGACGGACAUGUCCGGCAGAUCAGGGAUGCUGGAAAUGUUCAACGAGAGAUUCCCUCGCUUUGCGAACCAGCUUGACUUGAACAAGCUGUACACACGACAGCGAGCAAUUAUGUCUCAUAAUAUGCUCACAGCUGCAGAAGUGGAGUGCACCAAGCUGGAAGCGCAGAGGGAAUUGGGAGAGGAGAUGACAAGAUCGAGCGAUACGUCGAGAAGGAGUUCUGAUGGGCUGGAUGCAUCGAACGCGAGUGAGAGUCGUGAUACGACUGCACCCACUGCUCCAGGACCAACAGCGGAUAUGCAACGACAGCAACUACGAGACGAACUAGCGCUCCACAUGGCCACAGCAGUCACGCAGUUCCGUGGGACAGACCCCAUGUCCCGGCACCGAAUACCAAAGCUGCGGAAUUCCUAUCGGUUAACAAGUGCAGUAAGCAUCCUAAACCAGGAUAUUUUGACACAGUACUUGGAGGCCGUACAGCACCUUGAGGAUCUGCAGUUUACGGUGUAUUCAGCUGCGGUGGCUGUUGUCAAGACGCUGGGACUGCGGACGCGCCCGCAAGGCGACGGUGAAGGUCGCACACGCCCCAGCACACAGAAACCCGCGUGGAUGCGACGUUUGGAGAACCGGAUCGCCACAUUGCGGACCAAGAUUGGUCGAUUAACACAGUACAAGCAGGGGAAUCGAUCAACGAGGCUAGUUCGUUAUGUUGCUGAAAUUGUGAAGCCCGCAGAACUCCAAGAUCUCACAGAAGUCAACAUUACGGAGAUCCUCGACACCCAUGUACAGCGGUUGAGUGCUCUUGCGAAACGACUGCGGCGUUAUGGAGAAUGUUCGAAGCGGAAGGAACAAAACCGGAUGUUCAACAUUAACGAAAGAGAGUUCUACAACUGCAUCCGAAACGACAAGCCUGACUAUGGAGAAGGCCUUCCGGAGAUUGGCGAAGUCACACAGUUCUGGGCCAAUCUAUGGGAGAACCCUGUCCAGCACAGCGACGAUGGGAUGUGGUUGGCAGAAGAAGAGCGACAGUGUAAUGGAGUUGGAGACAUGACCGCGGUCGUAGUAACCGCUCAGGAUGUACGCGAGGCUACCCGGUAUACCAGAAAUUGGGCUGCACCAGGACCCGAUUUCGUGCACAAUUUUUAG